AUGGCUGUGGCUGAUGAUUCGUCGGGUUCAACAUACAUGGAACAAGUAUAUCGGGUGAAUUGGCUCAGAGCAAAAGCUCAAUAUGACCGGUGGUCAGAAGAGCAUACCUUGAUCCCAAACGAAAUGAACUGGACCCGCCUCUAUUUCAUCAACAAAGCAAGGGAGUGGGCUGGGCUGAGGGACUUGGUGCCAGACAAGCUGGGACAUGUAUGCUUUGCCGAGGGGCAAAUCAGUAUGUGGAAAGAACUGGCCUUCCAGGCCACCAAAGAAUUUAUAAAUGCCGGGGUCAUGUGCGAGGCCAUUGCAUUACCUAAUCCUAGUUGA